AUGCCGGGGCUGCUGAGAGUUUCAGGCUCAUCGCCAUCUGAUGAUGGAGGCCAACAAUCCCCAGUUUCUCUCGACGAUUAUCCAGAAAAGCCGCUCGAUGAGCAGCUUGAACCAAUCGCAGUCAUUGGCAUGGGAGAUGUCAAAUCUCCUGCCCAUUUUUGGGACAUGUUGAUCAACAAAAAGACUGGACAGACACCCAAGGUGCCGGCUUCUCGCUUCAACAUUGAUGCCCAUUUUCAUCCAAAUAACGAUCGCCCUGGUAGUUUUGGUGUGCUUGGUGGAUACUUCAUUAAUGAUGAGUUAACGGAUUUUGACCCUGGACUUUUCAACAUAACACCCAUUGAGGCGAUGUGGAUGGAUCCACAACAACGGAAGCUACUGGAGGUAGUAUAUGAAAACAUUGAGUCAGCAGGUGUGUCCCUUGAGGGCAUCUCGGGUUCGCGAACGGCGGUAUUUGCCGCCAGUUUUACAGCAGACUGGCAACAAAUGGCCUUCAAGGAGCCCUCAUUCCGUCAUAGUCUGGCCGCAACGGGAGUGGACCCGGGUAUAAUUAGUAACCGGAUCAGCCAUGUCUUCAAUCUGAAAGGACCAAGUAUCGUGGUGAAUACAGCAUGCUCUUCAUCUGUAUAUGCUGUUCACAAUGCGUGCAACGCAUUGCGAAACAACGAGGCCGAAGGCGCGAUUGUUGGUGGCGUGAAUCUCAUCAUUACUGUCGACCAACAUAUGAAUACUGCCAAGCUCGGCGUAUUGUCUCCCACCUCAACCUGUCACACAUUCGAUGAAAGCGCGGAUGGAUAUGGGCGGGCCGAUGCUGUUGGCGCCGUCUACCUGAAGCGCCUUUCUGACGCUAUUCGCGAUGGAGAUCCAAUUCGUGGUGUUAUUCGAUCGAGUGCAGUCAACUCAAACGGAAAAGUUCCUGCUGUUGGAAUCACGCACCCAAAUCGUGAGGGCCAGGCCGACGUGAUUGCACAUGCAUACGAGCGUGGUGGCAAUCUUGAUCCCCGCCUUACGGGCUAUUUCGAGUGCCAUGGUACGGGUACCGCGGUUGGUGAUCCCCUAGAGGUUCACGCGGUCUCGAUGGCCAUGAACAAAGAUCGUGCACCUGAGGAAGAUCCGCUGUGGAUCGGAGCUGUCAAGACAAAUAUCGGUCACAGCGGGGCGGCAAGUAGUCUAUCGGCACUAAUUAAGGCCAUCUUAAUGGUAGAGCGUGGGAUAAUUGCCCCGACUCGAGGUCUUGUCAACCCAAGUCCUAGUAUCAAAUGGGAUGAGUGGCAAGUCAAAGUGCCAGCCGAGCCCGUGCCAUUUCCACCACAUUUACCAGUGAAGCGCGUCUCUAUCAAUAGUUUCGGUUAUCGAGGAACAAAUGCGCAUCUUAUUGUCGAGGGGACUGAGCCAUUGCUAAAUGGACAAGGGCGACCGUACAAAUACCACAUCGCCGAGAACCGGGGUGAAAAUAGAAGAACAGGGAAGAAGGAGUUUUUCCCUCGCCGUGCCACCUAUCGCAAGCAACCGUUCCUGCUUCCUUUCUCAGCACAUGACAAGGCACCUUUGCAGCGCAACAUCGACGCCCAUAGCCAGAUUGUCCAUAACUAUAACUUGUUGGACCUCUCACACACGCUAGCCAACCGCCGUAGUGCAUUAUCUAGCAGAGCCUUCACUGUCACAACCCCGAGCUCUCUUGCUGACAGCUUUGGGGAUAUCUCCUCCUCUUUCACGUUCGGCCAUCAGAAGCGGAAAGCCGGUGCAGUGGGGUUCAUUUUCACCGGCCAAGGUGCACAGUGGCCUCGCAUGGGAGCUGAACUCAUGCUAUACAGCCCACGCUUCCUUGCCUCAAUCCGAGCUCUCGAUGAGGCCUUGGAGGAGCUGAGUGAUGGGCCCGACUGGUCGAUUGAGGAUGUUCUUCUCGAGGACCCAGCGAAAUCCCAAGUCAAUGAGGCUGAGUUCUCACAACCUCUAUGUACCGCAAUUCAAAUUGCUCUUGUACAGCUUCUCAACGACUGGAGUGUUCACCCAAAAGUAACCGUCGGCCACUCUUCAGGUGAAAUCGCGGCUGCAUACGCGGCAGGCCUGAUCUCUGCCAGGGAGGCUAUCGUUGUUGCGUACUACCGAGGGCGAGUAGUGCGCGAUAUUAUGACAGAUGGUGCUAUGCUCGCUGUUGGCCUCGGCUCAAGUGAUGUCGAGAAAUACCUGGAUGGGAAAGCCAAAAACAGGGUCAUAGUUGCUUGCCACAACUCACCUUCUGGUGUAACGUUGAGUGGUGAUUCGGAGGCUGUGGAAGGCAUCAAAGCUAUUCUUGAUGCUGAACAGAUCUUUGCACGAAGUGUAAAAACGAACGGGAAGGCAUACUCACCAUAUGGCCGCGGUGGCUGGCGAUGGAGUAGCAAUCUGCAAUGCCCAGUGCUGUUCAACCAAGCAGUUCAAACGAUUCUCACAGCCGACGAAUUUUCGGAUGUUGAUCUCCUCAUCGAAAUUGGCCCUCACUCAGCUAUGGCAGGUCCAAUCAAACAGAUCAGGGCUGAAGUUCAGGGAGAGAAGCUAGAAUAUUUGCCCACACUCUUGCGAGGAUCUGAUAGUGCGGCCCAACUCCUAAAGUUUGCUGGCGAGCUUUUCCUGCGCGAUGUUGACGUAAAUUGGGAACGCGUUAUCAGCACAUACAACAAAACUGGCAAAGGUGUCACGAAAGGCUCUACCAUCGUUGAUCUUCCUCCUUAUCAGUGGAACUAUACACGCUCGUUCUGGGCUGAGAAUCGGACGAGUUACGAGCAGCGGCAGCCAAAUUAUCCCCGUCAUGAUCUACUUGGUCAACGUGUUGUCGGGGCCUCACUCGAAGAGCCGACAUGGCGAAACCUACUGCGGUUGCGAGAUCUCCCAUGGCUGAAGGAUCACUCAUUGGGUGGCGAGGCUGUUUUCCCCGCUGCAAGAUAUUUUUCUAUGGCUGUCGAGGCUAUAACGCAGCUACAUGAGCUCAGUUAUGGGCCCAUAGAUAUCGACGUUCAGAGCUAUGUCUUGUGCGACAUUUCAAUCAAGAAGGCACUCUUCAUCGAGGUAAUCAGUGGUGGGACUUCAAGUGUCUCAUCCAUUGGCACGGACCAGGCUCAGAAGGAGCACAUGGCCGGUAGCAUCAGCAUCAAGUGUGAUACUCCUCGAGGAUCGAAACCAACGCGUCCCGUGCCUGAUUUUCCCCAGCGUACUCGAGGAAAGAGCUGGAAUCAAGCCCUGCGUGCCGUCGGCUUUGACUAUGGGCCCACCUUCCAAGACAUGGACGAAAUCCGCUUUGACGGAAAGUGCUAUGAGGUCAGCUCUCGCACUGCCAUAAAGCAAGUGGUUGAUCCAUCGCUUGGCGAGUCGCGCCAUGUUUUGCAUCCAGCGUCGGUGGAUUCGGUCUUGCAGCUCAGUAUUGCCGCUAUUUACGCUGGGCGGACCAACGCCAUGGAAUACGGUGUUGUACCCAUCCAAGUGGAUGAAGUCACCAUUUGGCCCCCUACCAAGGCACAGGUUGAGAUCGGUACGGCCAGCGCCUACGCCUGGGUACCACGACGUGGAAUUCGAUCCUUCGAGGGUAGUGCCCAGAUGUCGGCGAGCGAUGGCCAGCUUGUGCUGGAAAUUGUGAAUGUCCGCACUACAGCCUAUGAGGCUGCAGUCCCGCCGAAGAUUGAAGCUGGUCAUCUGGAUGGUGCUACCGGCCCGUACGGCGAAAUUUCCUGGCAGCUCGACAUUGACAGUCUGAUAGGCUCUGAAAACACGAUCUCGGCUUCUAAGUUGACCAUGGAAGAUCUGAUCGAUCUGGCUUGGUUCAAAUACCCAACUUUGAAAGUCCUCGGAUUUGGCAUAGAUUUCCUACUGCAGAAUAUCUCACGAAGCGCCCAGGUCUCCUAUACAGUGGCUCUACCUUCGCACGAUGAGGAAAACCUAGAUGAGGCCAGAAAACUUGUUCAAGACCAUCCAAAUUUCAAGGUCAUUAAACUAAAUCUUGUGGAGAUCUUGGAAUCUCAGGAGUUCAAGGAAGGAGUACAUGAUGCUGUCGUGGUGUCUUCUUCGACUUUCCUUUCGUUACCAUCAGCCUCGUCUGAGCCGCGCAUUCUCUCUGUCCUGCGUGGUCUCCUCGGAUCUACAGGCUAUAUAUUUGCUUCUGAUUCAUCACAGACUGUAGACUGGGAGACGGCUGACUCUAUUGGUUUCUCUCGAGUGUUCCAAGCAACCACCGCCUCCGAAGAAGACGAAAAUCAGAUCAUUCAACUUGUUUAUCGCCAUCACCCUACUCCGGAGGUGCUCAAUAUUGCCAACGCCUUAGAGUCUCUGGGCUGCAAGAUCAACCUCGUUAGUCUGAGCAACGCGGAAUCCACAGGGAAUAUCGUGGUGACUACCGACUUUGAAGGCCCUCUCUUGCUAACAAUCACCGAGUCGGAGUUCUACGCAAUCCAGAGCCUUCUGAACUCUGCUUCAACUCUCCUCUGGGUCACAACCGGUGGUCUGCUCGAUGGAAAGAAGCCAGAUUAUGCACUUGUACAAGGUCUUGCACGCUCAGUGGGAUCAGAGUCGGCGUCACUUGAUUUCCGGACCCUUGAUAUUGACUUGGAUAGCGCGAGCUCUUCUCAGAUUUCUCGAGCAGUGAAGAAUAUUGUACGCCUUCAAAUAGCGGGUGAAGGAAACAUUGAGCUUGACCGGAAGCGGGAAUCCUGCCUCUCCAACGGCUCCAUGUAUAUCAGUCGAUUGGUCCGCAACUCUGACCUGAACAAGGAUUUCUCUACUACACUGGAGCCUGAGCCGAUAUCCUUCAAUCCCGGAAGUCGUAUUAGUGGCAGAAUAUGGACUAAAGGCAAGGUUGUCUUUGAGCAGCAGCAGCAGGAACUAGGCUUAGGCCCAGCAGUGCCCAGGCCAGGCCAUGUCGAAGUACAAGUCCGGACUAGUCCUUUGACCACGGAAGGCGUUGCAGCUAUCACGGGUACUGAUUAUCCAACCACCUUCAGUCACGCGAUCAGUGGCAUCGUGGCGAAAGUCGGGGCUGAAGUGACAGAUCUGAAGGUGGGUGACAAGGUCGCCGCUUUGCACAUUGACAGGUUCUCCAGCUAUCAAGAGGUUGAUGUCUCGCUGGUACAAAAGCUCGAGGAUGAAACCGAUCUGACGUCUGCGGUGAGUCUAUUGGUACCAUAUGCUAAUGCGGUAUAUGGCCUUGAUGUCUUGGCAAAUGUGCAACCCAAAGAGACUGUUCUCGUGCUUCACAACACAGGAAUCAGUGGCAUCGCCGCAGCCAAGGUUGCGCAGAGAAGGGGUGCAGUCCCCUACAUAGUGAGUCAAACAGACAGUGAAGCUGCCUUCCUCCGAAGUCAUCUUGGACUCAGCGAUGCGCAAAUCAUUUCCCCUGCGCAUGGUCCAGUGGCGGCACGACUCAAUCGACUCACCGAUGACCACGGAGCGGAUGUAGUAUUUAGCACAGGCAACAGCGUUGACCCAGAUGUUGUCCAUGAAGCUUGGCGCAGCAUCGCUCGCUUUGGUCGGUUUUUGGACGCGGGUCGCAAGAAUUUACUCAGCCGGGAUGCGUUAGACACCGUUCCUAUCGCUCGCAGUGCCAGCUACCUGCCGUUCGAUUUGCUCGAUUUGAUGGAACACCGCCCCAUAACUAUUUCAUCUCUGUUGAAGAAGAUUCUUGAACUCUUCCAGCAAGGGUCUAUCAAUGCGCCCGGAAAUAUUCAUAAAAUCCAGCUUGGCGAUAUUGAACAGUCUGUGUCGAACUUUUCCGAGUCUUUCGACACACCAAUUCCUAUCGUUCAGUAUGAAGUGUCGGAGAUACCCAUUCAAGCCUUACUCCCCGGACGUACUCGACCACGCUUCAGCCCCGACCACACAUAUCUCCUUGUUGGUUGCUUAGGAGGUCUUGGCCGUAGCUUGACUGCGUGGAUGAUGGAUUCUGGCGCUCGGAGAUUUACCUUCCUCUCUCGCUCCGCAAUAGACGCCCCGUCCGCUACCAGCCUUGUCAGCGAUAUUACAGCUGCCGGUGGAGUUGUGCAGGUUGUAAGGGGGGAUGCAACCUCUCGAGAUGAUGUUGUCCGAGCUGUGGAUGGAGUUCCUGCGGAAAAUCCCAUCCGAGGCGUGGUACAUGCUGCUAUGGUUCUACGGGAUGGCAUGUUUCACUCUCAGAGCUACGAAAACUGGAAGCAAGUGAUGGAUCCGAAAGUCUUGGGUGCGAUCAAUUUGCAUUCAGUCCUUGCAGGAACCCAACUUGAUUUCUUCCUUACAACCAGCUCCGUCUCCGGAACACUCGGUACGCCAGGUCAGAGUAACUAUGCUGCCGCCAACAGCUUUCUAGACGCCAUAUCGCGGCAUCGUGUGUCUAUGGGCAUGGCUAGUACAUCUGUCAUCCUGCCUAUGGUCCUUGGCGUUGGUGUCGUCGCGGAGAACACGGAACUUGAGGAAGCCUUGAUGCGCAAGGGUAUAUACGGUAUUGAUGAAGAGGCUCUUCUUGAGACUUUUGAAGCCGCCAUCACGGCUCCCAGCUCAGUUGACCACGUCGUCGCCGGUCUUGACCCCACGAAGCUUGGCAAUUCAAUCCAAGAGGCAGACGCAGAGGAUGUCUUUUGGGCUGAAGACUCACGUUUUAAUCACGUCGUUCACGCAAUCAAUGUGGCUAGAGAUGGUGAUGAGGCUGGCUUGGCUGGUCAGAGUAUUCUAACCGCAAUUCGUUCUGCCGACUCCCUUGCUCUCGCUGUUUCAGCCAUCGUCGAACAUUUUAUCGAGAAAUUAUCGCGCAUGCUCUUACUUCCAUUAGAUGCAUUUGAUCCAUUGAACAACUCCAUAUCCUCAUAUGGUAUUGACAGUAUGAUCGGGGCUGAGCUCCGUAACUGGAUCUUCAAGGAGUAUCGUGUCGAUAUUCCGUUCCAGCAGCUCUUAGCUGAGACUUUGACCAUCUCCAAGUUCGCGGCACAGGUAAUUGAGUCUACGGGCGUGGUAUUUACAGUAUGA